CACAGGCUGGAUUUGCCCAGAGUAGCCAGCAGGUGAUAGUGGACAGAGUAUGCCUGCAGGGUAAGAAGUUUGGGACUCUGUGGAGUACAUUGAAUGCCAAAUUCAGAGCUUUGGACUUCAUUCCCUAGGCCCUAGGGAGCCUUUAAAGGGCUGGGAAUAAGGGAGUGAUGCGUUCAAUGCUUUAUUAAAUGAUUUCUGGAACAGCAUUGAGAAUUACUGCUAGAAAGAACAGAAACUCUAAACAGGGAAGCCAGCAGGUAGGGGAUUACAGCAGAGAUGAUGAAGCAGGGCCUAGGGUGGCAGCAUUAUCACAAUAGCUGAUGUGUACUGAGCAUUUACUAUAUGCACACACUGUGCUCAGCACUUCCCAUAAAUUAUCUCCACCCAUCCUCACUACAACCUCAGUGAUGCAGAAGCUAUAAUGAUCCCCAUUUAUAAAACACAGAAACUAAGACUCAGAGUAGUCAAACAACUUUCCCCAGGUUUCAACAGUUAAUAAGUGGACAAACAGGGAUUUGAACACAGAUCCCAUGCUCUCCACUGCUCUGCUGUAGGGACACAGAGGUAAGAGGCUUCCAGGGGUAGGUUCAUGAGACUUGCUGCUGACCGUCGAUGAGAAAUUGGGAUGGAUAUUUGGCGAAGUGCAUCUUGAGUGCCUUGGACUUGGCCUUCCAAGGAUUAUGUCACUGCAUCUUUCCAACCUCAUAAACAGGAGCCGCAAGAUCACACACAUAGAUUGUGGCAAAGGAUUUGAACUCAGAACCUGGAAGAUCCAGAAAGCUUUCCCUAGGACACUUCUAAUGCUUCUAAGAUUGAUGGGUUCUUGGCUUUCUCCCAACCCAGGAUGCUUUGAAGAUGACACAGAAUAUUAUGCUUUCUGUAAUGUGCUCAUAUGACUUAAAUGCUUAAAAAGAUGUGUUACAGAGAAAAGAAAUUGUGUUUCCAAGUUCCAUGGUUUUUUUGUUUUGUUUUGUUUUGUUUUUUUGAAAUUUUGGCUCCUCUCCAGCCCUGGCAUAGAUGAAGAUGCCCCAACAGUGUCACUUUGGAACGAUUAUUUUGCAGCCAGAGUUUACAGUGGUGUUUAUAGAGGGUGUUGAGAGAAAGCAUAUAAGCCUAGUCGUUAUCCAUCAGUGGACACUCUCCACCUUCUGCUGUGUGGUGCCAUGACCUGGUACAAUGCAUACAAAAGCUGAGAGAAGAGAGUCACAUUGUGUCUUCACUGAGGCAUAUUAAUAAGGACCCAGAUUUCUGAGAGUUGAAAGAAUCAUCUAUACUGGAUUUUAAGAGACAUCAAAUUUGUCACUCUAAACCGGGACUUAAGAACAAAUGAAAUUGCAAACACCAACAUGACUAAGUCUUGCCCAGAGAGACAAAGGCCACAUGGUCUCCGUGCUUGGUAUUUCUAUGUCUGCUCUAAUAUUCUUGAAACAUUUUCAUUUCUAUGCCUCUUUGAUUCAUCUUUACCCAUUCUUUCUUUGUUAACCAACUCACUGUGAGACAAGAGAUGGGAACUUGCUUCCCUUGUCUAGACUCAAGUUCUCUCUUUUGUAGAAGAGGGUUAGAAUGGAAAAUUGCUGGGGUGCCUGGGUGGCUCAGUGAGUUAAGCGUCCGACUUGGGUUCAGGUCAUGAUCUCGUGGUUCGUGGGUUCAAGCCCCACCGGGCUCUGUGCUGACAGCUCGAAGCCUGGACCCUGAUUCGGAUUCUGUGUCUCCCUCUCUCUCUGCCCCUCACCUGAUCUCUCUCUCUCUCAAAAGUAAAUAAACAUUUAAAAAUUUUUAAUAAUAAUAAUAAAAAAAAAGAAUGGAAAAUUGCCUCCCCACAGGAGGGAUCUGGAAGAACAGCUGAGCUCUGCUUUAAAAGUCCAAAAACCGAACAAAACAAAAUAAAAACAAAAGCAAAAAAGAACAUCUCUGGCUACCCUGCUUGACCCAGAGAAUACAUGUAUUAUUAUUCUCUUCUUAAUCCAGCUCCUGGGGUUCAGAUAUUUAUUUGGACAAUGAAAACCAAAUUGAUGAUAGGCCCUUGGGAACUCAGGACUUAGUUCUCAGGUUCUGGCAAAGAACCUACAAAUCCUAUCUCCGGACUCAUUUAAAUUAAUGGUUGUAAAAACAAAAGCAAAUAAGAAAAGCUUUGUGGCUAAGAAUGUGAAUUGAUUAAAUUCAUGGAAAUAGCAUCACUCUUCAAGGAUUGCCUGUCUUCGCUUAAUGUUGAAAAUAUUGAUAUUAUCUCUAGUAUUGUUUCCCCUAUUUUUACAUUUGCAUGGGAAACGAUUUGAUUAACAUUUUCUCUGAAGAUGGUUUCCUUUGGAGAAAGUUACAUUGAUUGUAUCAGCUCGGCCACAGGCCACCAAGCGUGCCUUCCCAGGCAAGACUGAUUUGGAUGCAAAACAGCUAUUUUGGAAACAGUAACUUUACCUGUAUUGUUGAACCUCUUUUCAAGGCUCCGUUGGGUUUGCUAUAGUAGAGCAUUGAGGUUGCCACUCACAUGACAUACAUUGUGCUAAUGCAACUUUAAUUUUCAUACCAAAUUGGACAAGAAAUGAGUUUGUCAGAAAUAAUCAAGUCUAUUGCAGAAGAACCAGGGUGGGUAGUUACUGAGAUGUGACUGUUACUAUGUGAGGUGACCUUGUGUCCUGAGGAUGUGUAGAUAGAGGUCGUCGGGCAUGCUGGACCCAGGGACACCCCUUAGGAAACUCCUGGGGACCGUUGCCAGCUAGGAAUAUCCCCCAGUCAUUAAGUAUAAUUUGGCUCUGGCUCUGCCUCUCCCUCAUUCCCACUGACUUGCUGGGAUCCUUACAAAAACGAAACAAAACAAACAAACACACAAAACCAAAAAUGCUUUAUAUAAAUAGUUCAAUAUCUAUGAAAUUUAUGCUUUACCUUAAAUAAAAGAUACAGUGACUGGAUGCUAAGUCCACCUAGGUAGAUCUGGAAAUCCAACAUAGUGUGAGGAAGAACUGGGAAAAUAUGUGUAAGUGAUUCCUUAUACUGAGCAUGUAGGAACUGAUUUUAAGCCUAUUGGUUAUCUCUGAGGUCAAAAUCCCUUUGGCUUCAUAUUUCAUACGUGAAUUUUAGAAUAUAUUUCCUCAGAACAUUCAACAAUUCUUACAGCCUCCAGGACACUAAUAUAUCAGAGUUUCCAAAGUUCAUUUAGGUUGCUGGUCAUCUGUUCGGGGGUUUCUUUUGAGCUGAUGGGACAUAGAAUGACUUGCAUACUAUAUCCUAUCAAUGUUCUCUUGCGGAUUGAAACAGCAAGAAACACGGAUGCUUCCUUGAUGGCUUUGGCAUGUGCUUUAAAUUCACUGUCUCACUCAGGUCUCAUGACAGUGUUGAAACCUGAUCUGAGUGAUUAAAAGCUCAAGGGCUGAAGGGGUUCAGACUUCACUGCCUUCAGAUUCUGCUGCCACCAGUUUUUAGUGGUGUGGCCAGGAAUACACAAGUUAUUCUUUUUUUUUUUUUUUUCCUUCAGUUUCCUCAUCUGUACUUUUGGCAUGACAAGAACAUAUACAGAGCCAAGUGAACACUUCAUAAAUGUCAGCGACAGCCCUGUGAAAUCACUGUAUUUUCGGCUCAGUGGACCCGUGACACUCGUUCCUGUUGUCAUUUGUUGAGUGACCAAUCAGAUGGGUGGAGUGUGUUAUAGAAAUUGGCAGCAAGUAUCCAAUGGGUGAAGAAGAAGCCGACUGGGGAAGUGGGCAGCCCUGACCGUGAUGUGCUCAGCCAGCAGAGACAUUCCAUUCCGAGAGAGGUCUGCCUGACACUUCUGGGAGGCCACCAUCAGCCAGGCCGCCACAGGGUUGGUGAAAGGGGUGACAGCCACAUUCUCCUGUGCCUACCACAUAACCAAAAAUGAAGGAGCACUACUGUUUACAAGCCGCCCUGGUGUGCCUGGGUGUGCUGUGCCACAGCCAGGCCUUCACCACCGAGCGACGGAGCCACUUGCGACCCUCGUUCCACGGGCACCACGAGAAGGGCAAGGAGGGGCAGGUGCUGCAGCGCUCCAAGAGAGGCUGGGUCUGGAACCAGUUCUUCGUGAUCGAGGAGUACACCGGGCCUGACCCCGUGCUCGUGGGCAGGCUUCAUUCCGAUAUUGACUCUGGUGAUGGGAACAUUAAAUACAUUCUCUCAGGUGAAGGAGCCGGAACCAUUUUUGUGAUUGAUGACAAAUCAGGGAACAUUCAUGCCACCAAGACAUUGGACCGGGAAGAGAGAGCCCAGUACACGCUCAUGGCACAGGCGGUGGACAGGGACACCAACCGGCCGCUGGAGCCACCGUCGGAGUUCAUCGUCAAGGUCCAGGACAUUAAUGACAACCCGCCCGAGUUCCUGCAUGAGACCUAUCAUGCCAACGUGCCUGAGAGGUCCAACGUGGGGACAUCGGUAAUCCAGGUGACAGCUUCAGAUGCAGAUGAUCCCACCUAUGGAAACAGCGCGAAGUUAGUAUACAGCAUCCUAGAAGGACAACCCUACUUUUCAGUAGAAGCACAGACAGGUAUCAUCAGAACAGCCCUCCCCAACAUGGACAGGGAAGCGAAGGAGGAGUACCACGUGGUGAUCCAGGCCAAGGACAUGGGUGGACACAUGGGUGGACUCUCAGGGACAACCAAAGUGACGAUCACACUGACCGAUGUCAAUGACAACCCACCAAAGUUUCCACAGAGCGUAUACCAGAUGUCUGUGUCAGAAGCAGCUGUCCCCGGGGAGGAAGUAGGAAGAGUAAAGGCAAAAGACCCAGACAUUGGAGAAAAUGGUUUAGUCACCUACAAUAUUGUUGAUGGAGACGGUAUGGAAUUGUUUGAAAUCACCACGGACUAUGAGACACAGGAGGGUGUGGUCAAACUGAAAAAGCCUGUAGAUUUUGAAACCAAAAGAGCAUACAGCUUGAAGGUAGAGGCAGCCAAUGUGCACAUCGACCCGAAGUUCAUCAGCAACGGGCCUUUCAAGGACACUGUGACGGUCAAGAUUGCAGUGGAAGAUGCUGAUGAGCCCCCCAUGUUCUUGGCCCCAAGUUAUAUCCACGAAGUCCAAGAAAAUGCAGCGGCUGGCACUGUGGUUGGGAGAGUGCACGCCAAAGACCCCGAUGCUGCCAACAGCCCGAUAAGGUAUUCCAUCGAUCGUCAUACUGACCUCGACAGGUUUUUCACUAUUAAUCCAGAGGAUGGUUUUAUUAAAACCACAAAACCUUUGGACAGAGAGGAAACUGCCUGGCUCAACAUAUCCGUUUUUGCAGCAGAAAUCCACAACCGGCAUCAGGAAGCCAAAGUGCCAGUGGCCAUUAGGGUCCUUGAUGUCAACGAUAAUGCCCCCAAGUUUGCCGCCCCUUAUGAAGGCUUCAUCUGUGAGAGUGAUCAGACCAAGCCACUUUCUAACCAGCCAAUUGUUACAAUUAGUGCAGAUGACAAGGAUGACACAGCCAAUGGACCAAGAUUUAUCUUCAGUCUACCCCCUGAAAUCAUUCACAAUCCAAAUUUCACAGUCAGAGACAACAGAGAUAACACUGCAGGGGUGUAUGCCCGGCGUGGAGGCUUCAGUCGGCAGAAGCAGGAUCUGUACCUCCUGCCCAUCGUGAUCAGCGAUGGCGGAGUCCCUCCCAUGAGUAGCACCAACACCCUCACCAUCAAGGUCUGUGGGUGUGAUGUGCACGGCGUACUGCUGUCCUGCAAUGCUGAGGCCUACAUCCUGAACGCCGGCCUGAGCACGGGGGCGCUCAUCGCCAUCCUCGCCUGCAUCGUCAUUCUGCUGGUCAUUGUAGUGUUGUUUGUGACCCUGAGACGGCAAAAGAAAGAACCACUCAUAGUCUUUGAGGAAGAAGAUGUCCGUGAGAACAUCAUUACCUAUGACGAUGAAGGGGGCGGGGAAGAAGACACAGAAGCCUUUGAUAUUGCCACCCUCCAGAAUCCUGAUGGGAUCAAUGGAUUUAUCCCUCGCAAAGACAUAAAGCCCGAGUAUCAGUACAUGCCUAGGCCUGGACUCCGGCCAGCACCCAACAGUGUGGACGUCGAUGACUUCAUCAACACGAGAAUACAGGAGGCAGAUAAUGACCCAACUGCCCCUCCUUAUGAUUCCAUCCAAAUCUACGGUUACGAAGGCAGGGGCUCAGUGGCCGGGUCCCUGAGCUCCUUAGAGUCUGCCACCACAGAUUCAGACUUGGACUAUGACUACCUACAGAACUGGGGACCUCGUUUUAAGAAACUAGCAGACUUGUACGGUUCCAAAGACACUUUUGACGACGACUCUUAACAAUAAUGGUACAAAUUUGGCCUUAAGAACUGUGUCUGGCAUUCUGAAGAAUCUAGAAGAUAUGUAAACAGGUAUUUUUUUAAAUCAAGGAAAGGCUCAUUUAAAACAAGCAAAGUUUUACAGAGAGGAUACAUUUAAUAAAACUGCAAGGACAUCAAAGUGGUAAAUACUGUGAAGUACCUUUUCUCACAAAAAGGCAAAUAUUGAAGUUGUUUAUCAACUUCGCUGGAGAAAAAAACCACUUGGCGUACAAAAUAUUUAAGUGAAGGAGAAGUCUCAUGGUGAACUUACAAUGAAGGGAAAUCGUUUAUGUGUUAUGAACAUCUAAGUCUUUUCUUCUUUUUCUUCUUCUUCUUCUCCUUCUCCUUCUUCUUCUUCUUCUUCUUCUUCCUUUUUUUUUUUAUUUGUCAAAGAAGCUUCCAGAAAAUUAGAAAGGACAACAGUUCUGAGCUGUAAUUCCGCCUUAAACUAUGGACACUCUAUAUGUAGUGCAUUUUUAAACUUGAAAUAUAUAAUAUUCAGCCAGCUUAAACCCAUACAAUGUAUGUACAAUACAAUGUACAAUUAUGUCUCUUGAGCAUCAAUCUUGUUACUGCUGAUUCUUGUAAAUCUUUUUCCUUCUACUUUCAUCUUAAACUAAUACGUGCCAGAUAUAACUGUCUUGUUUCAGUGAGAGGCGCCCUAUUUCUAUGUCAUUUUUAAUGUAUCUAUUUGUACAAUUUUAAAGUUCUUAUUUUAGUAUACAUACAAAUAUCAGUAUUCUGACAUGUAAGAAAUGUUACGGCAUCACACUUAUAUUUUAUGAACAUUGUACUGUUGCUUUAAUAUGAGCUUCAAUAUAAGAAGCAACUUUGAAAUAAAAAACAGAUUCUUUUUUAA